GUCUCUUUCUGCUGUUGCUGCAAAAAUAUCAUAACACUAGGCAGAGGCACCGCGAAAAAGAAAAUGGAAGACGCAGAAGCAAUCACGAUGGCGCUUCAGGGUGCCAUCCCCCUGGCGCUCCGAGACACGCUGGAAAACAUUUGUGAAAAGUACGUCACUAGCGCGGCAGAGUUGAAGCAAAUGGUCCUAGAGCUCGGCACCACGGACCGCCCGCAGGUCAAAAUCGAGGACGAGAGCGAGGGGACGUCGGCGCAGAGCGGAAAAGGCAGCUCGCUCGUUGACGAUGGGGAGAACGAGGGGGACUCUGCCGCUGAGGCGAAAGACGUGAGUGACGACGAUGCAGCAAAUCCGGAUCACGGUGCUAACGAAGAUAAUAUGACGGAGGAAUCAUCUGGUCCUGGCGACGAAAGUGGAAGCGGUGAUUCGGAAGCGAAGAACACUGGUGAUGACGUUGCAGCACAAUCCGACGACCAUGGUGCUCAGGAGGAUAAUGCUACGGUUGAAGAAGAAAGUGGAAGUCCUGAUGAAGAAAGUGGAAGCGGUUCUUCGGACGAACAAGCGAACACUUCUGAAGAAGGUCCUGCUGAAGCCGAAGCCGUUUCAAACUUUCCGCCGUACCCCGCCAUCGCUGCCCGGGCCGAGGCCCGUCUUUCCGCCGGGGUUCUGCCCGGCGCCACUUCGGGCAUGGCGGCCCCGGACAGCCAAGUUCCCCCGCACUUGGAUUUUUUGCCGCAGUCUUUUCUAAAAGAGACACUGGCGCGCGGUAACUACUGGAUUGACGGACCCAUCGGCUACAAAAAGUACCACUACGACGGACACAAACUUUGUCCGGUGGCCGCUGAAGAACCUGCGGAGGAGCCGGAACAAGUGGAGAAGAAACCCGAGACUGGUUGGGGCUCUUCUUGGGGCUCCUUGGGCGCAGAUGCGAAAGAUGCUGCCAGCAGUAGCACAUCGGAAGAAUCGUCCAAAGCGAGCAAGACGCCGGGGCCGCCGGAGCUGUGCAUUGUCGGGGGUAAGCUGUACAACGCCGAUAACAAUUGGUACUGGGCACAGAUGCCGCAGCGCCGGUAUUUCCGUCUCAACCCUGACGAGGACACGGCAAAAAUCAUCGCGGAGCAGCGGACUGCGACAUCCGAGAGCGAUGCCCAUCCGCACAAAGGGGAGCACUGGCACGUUUCGCCGGCCGGGGCGAAGUUGCAGGAGGAUAAGGUUCUUGCUGCGGGGGAAGAAUCGCCCGCGGACGCGGAAGAUAAACCCGACGAAAAAAAUGAAAGUGGAGAUGGCGAUGAAGCGGGAAAAGCAGGAACGGGUGCUGACACUGACGAAGGCAAAGAUGACGGAGGUGUUGAAGAGGCAGAUGCAGGUGCAGCUGCGCCUGAAACAGAAACUGAUAAAAGCGGGGAUCAUGGUGAAGCGGCAAAUGAAGCAGGACCGGGUGCGCAGACUGACGGGACAGACGAAAAUGAAGGAAGUAAAGAGGCAGAUGCAGCGCCAGAAGCGGAUGAUGGUUUUUCAGCUCUUGAAAGGAAAAGAGAACGAAUCCAAACUUCAGUUUUUGCCGAGCAAGCAGAUGAGGCCUCCGAAACUGCAAAGCAAGAGGAGGGUGUUGCUGCUGCAGCCGCAGAUGGAGAAGCAAAGAUGGACGUCGACCCGGCACCUGAGGGUGACGACCAGAGCGGUGCAGCUGUUGAUUCUGAGAAACAAGAUGAAGGCGACAGCGGGGAUGGGGAGAUGCAUAUGGACAGCGAUUCGCCCGCGGAUGGAGACGGAAGUAGCGAAAAGAACCCAGAAGAUCACGAUGAUGUUGAAGACCACACUACUGACGACGCAGCUGCAGAGCAGGAGUCGAAACAAAGCCCACACCACCACACGCCCGACAGUGGACGAAAAGCGAAAAAUCAUGACGCGGAAGAUCCCGCUGCACGUCCGGGCCUGACCGUGACGGAGAGCGCGAACCCCGGGUCCAAGGUUUUGAAGAAACUGAACGCGCAGUACCCGGCGGUGGUUCUCGAGGAACCGACGCAGCAGUUUCCGCACCGUGCCAAAUUCUUCUUUCCGGGUAAAAGCGUCGCUGGGUGGGCGACCUGGACCGGGAACGUGCACGAUAUCGGAGACCAUCCACAAACGGAGUUCAUGGUCAAGAACCAGUUCCGGCCCAAGAAUUUCGUCGACUAUGUCCGACUGGCACGGUUUGAUACCGUCGCGGAGGAAAAGAAGCUGCAGCAACAAUGGAGGGGCUUGUACGAAAACCUGAUGCCAAAUAAAUUGGAGGGACUCUACGAGGAUGAAAAAUUGAAGAAACAGGAAGAAAUGGCGAAUGCGCACAAGCCGAAUCCGGAGGAACUGUCUAAGAAGAAGAGAAAAAUCACCGACGAGCUUCGACACGCACACUGCCUCGACGUGAGGUAUGGCCGGAGCGAGACGAAGCAGGCGAGUUUGCGGUGUGCCGCCGGGGAGGUGGUCGACAAGUUGCUUGGGCGGCUGCGCAUCACUUCGGAGAUCAUCCGCAAUCCGGAUGCCGUCAUUCCCUACAAGGAACCUGUUACAAUUCGUGGCGCUGAGGCGGUCAGCACUUCGGCAUCGUCGGCCACAGAAGAGGAUCCAGUCGGCGGCACGGCCGAAGACGUUUUGCGGGCGAGCGAGAAGCCAACGAAAAUUUCCUACUUCACCGAUUUCAACUUAUCGGACGCGAUGAAGACCGAGGGCGAACGGACGAGAGUGGCGAGUUUCCUCAACGAUUUCCUGUUUUUUCCCAAGGAUAAACGGAAAAGUUACAAGCUGCAAGUCAUCGGCCCCGAUGCGCCGCUGAACUACCCGAGUUACGUCAAGAAGGAAUUGGAGCACCCGCGGGCCUGGGAUCGUAAGUUUCACGAAAAGCCUGCUACUGACGACGUGACAGUCGAAUCUUCUUCCAAAGAUUCUGACGUUCCGUCUUUUGCAAGUAAGUUCAACGCGGGUGAAGGCUACGGGACCCCCGAAGCACCGAUGCUUGAUAAGCCGAAGGACCUGGACUUUCAGACACGCGCGGACGACGCGAUGUCGAUUGGCGUACCGAAACUGGUAACGAAACCGCUGACAAAUCUCCACUCAGCAGACGAUGCGUCCAACACUGCGGCCUUUUUUUCCGUCAGGAAAAGACCGCCAAGUGAGAAAAGCAAGCAGCACAAGCCCGUGUUGGCGUUCCUGUUCGAAAGCGACGACGCCGUUCAAGGGAGAAAAGCGCGCAAGGAGGUGCUGCAGCCCAGCAUGAGCGAUGAUGGUGCCUCGCGCAUGCUGUACUUGGGGGAGGACGCGGAAAGCCCGUUGGUGUCUGCGCCGUGUCACGAGGGGGAACCCUUCUCGUGCAUGCCUGAGCUGCGGAAGUAUCUGGGUCUGCCAGAACGGCGGCCCGCACAGAACCUGGAAAAUAGUCUGCAGGAAUGGUGGUCCAGCUACAUGCAACACAAACGAAUCCUUGCGUAGGUUUCGUCCCAAUGCAUAGGAUUUACCAGCAGGUUACUGUAAAAGCAAUGCCAUCAACAUGAUCUGUAGAAGAAAAAAGGAUGUGCCUGUAAAAUAGGUGGACCCUGAAAAAUGAUCAAAGUGCUGCUUUUUGUUCUUUUCGCAACUUAGUCUUUUUCUAGAAGCCGUGCGUUCCCG